CAACCAAUCAAAAACAACCAGCAUCGAUAACAAAACAAAGGGACAAUGAGUAAGGAAUCCAAAGCUCUGAUCAAGGAGAUUCGGGAGACAAUUAAAUUGGCCAAAUAUGCUGAUGCCAUCCACAAGUGCCAGCGCUUGCUGAAAUCCGAUCCGAAAAACAAUGCUAUAGCUUAUUUAUUGUUGGGCGCCGCAUAUCAAAAUGUAGAUAAGUCGGAAGCGGCAAAAUAUCUAAGGAAUUCGAUUGAGCACACGGAAGGACCGCCUACAGUAGCCCUACAAGGAUUGGCGAAUUGUGCCCCAAGCUCAGAACUGCCCGAAAUUUAUGAUAAACUAAUGGACCUGAUACCUGAGAAGGCAUUGGAAUAUAUGGAGAAGCUGUAUGUAUUGUCCACACAAGAUGUCAAAGUGGCCGCCGAUUGUUUUGAAAAAUUCCGAAAUAGAGUUCAAAAUGGUAGUGGAAGUAGUCAUUUUUCUAAAAUUCAGGAAUACUUGGGCCGUAUUUGGUAUAGCCAAGACUUGGUUGUUGCUGAAGACGACAAUGAGCUGUACAAAACCACAAUGGAAGCUUUGUUAAAAAUUUUUGACGAAACUUCCCAGAGUGCCCUAUAUAAAAGAUAUCUCAAAUGGCUGUACAAGCAAAAGGAUUAUGCAUCCUGCAUCCGCAAUGCCUGCCAAAUGACGAUCACCCACCCUAAGGAUGUUUAUGGGUACGAGUGGAUAUGCAAAACAUAUUGCGAAAACCAUGAUAAACCCGAUGCAGACUCAGAGUUGUGGAUGAAAGAAUUGAAAGAGCCAAUUCAAUCAUAUGCUGAACAGCUUUUGCAGUUACAUUCGAAAUCAAGUCUUGCCCUACUGAUCAAUGCUUUCGAUUUGUAUGCAAAAAAAGAUUACAUCGCAGCAAGGCAGUUGGCUCAACAGGCUCAGGAAAGUCAUCCUGGCUACGCAAUAACAAUCAAGCUCUUGAUCCGCAUCUAUAUUAAGUUAGGUGCCCAUAAAAUGGCUCUGCUUAUGUGGCAAGAACAGGACCAAAGGCAGUCCGACUUGGGAUAUAUUGAGUGUCUAUCAUAUGAAAAGGAUGAAGAAAAAUUACGAGAAGCAGUUGAGCUACUCGAGAGAUUCGAAAAAACGGAGGAGAAUGCGAAAAUUUUAGCUCGUUGUCUUUUUAAAUUGGGCAAGUUGCAGCAAAUAAAGGAGUUGCCCCUAGAUGAACUGACCCAGGCUGAAUAUCUACUAUCUCCAGAGGAAGCAAUUCGAAUAAUUGGCCAACCCGAAUCAUUUCAGCAACUUCUUCUCUGUGGCAAGCUUUAUAUAAAACUGGAAAACUAUUCGGAAGCUCUGAACUGUAUGCUUAAAGCCACUCGCUUAAAUCCUAGCGCGGAAUGCUUUGACUAUUUAGGUCGCAUUUACCAGGCUACCCGAGACCUAAGUCGAGCUCGAAAAUGCUUUGAAAAAUGUUUAAGUCUCAAUCCUCUAGCCGAACAGGCAGUAGAUGCCUUAAGUUUUAUCUAUCAGCAACUUGAAGAGGAGGAUCUUAAUGAGGCUCUUCUAAUCAAUACUUUGGGACUUUUAGGUAGCGAUCAAUCCUCCAUCCGGCUACAGUAUAAGUUGGGACUGCAUUUUCUACAUGUAAAAAAAUUGGAUAAUGCUAUUCAAUGCUUUCGGCUAGCCAUUAAACAUGACCCUCAGUGUAUGGUCUACUGGGAAUCACUAGGCGAUGCAUAUGCGUCUCGAGGAUCCUACAAUUCAGCCAUACGUGUCUUUCAACAUAUCAUGGAGCUAGUGCCAGACAAUAGUUAUGCUUUGCUUCAAGUAGCGGUGAUCAAGACAACAAUUCGGAUGUAUCCCGAGGCCAUAGAGGAUUUCAAUCAGCUUCUCCAUCAGCAUCCAAAAUACUUGCCCGGUUUGAGGGGCGCAGCCGAGGCUCACAUUGGACUCGCUUGCAAUUUAAAGUCCCAGAAUCUUUAUGGCCGAGCCAAACAAAAUCUCCAAAUGGCUGUCGAUUACCUACAAGAAGCGUUUCUACACUCAAAAGAAGCUUUAAGCAUGGUCUGGCUGUGGCGUUUGACUGCUACCGUGUUUGUCCAAACAGCCCAGUUACCUCUAUCAUUGGCCAAUUUGGAUGUAGCUGGAAAGUUGGCCAAGUGGGAUGAAGAUGUGGAAGAGAUCGCCUAUUUGUCGCGCAAGGAUCUCAUGCAUUUGGCCAAGCGUUUCUAUUUUCGUGCCUUAAAAUUACAACAGAAUACUUACCUCUGGUAUGAGCUCGCUUUCGCAAACUACUUAAGUGCCAUCUAUGUUCCUGAGGAAGCUAAAACUUAUCUCGAUAUGGCAUCCAAGGUGUGCAAGAUGGCCAUUAAGGAGCGGGGCAAUCGCUGGCAGAAUUGGAACCUUUUGGGGGUCAUCCAUAUGCAGGCGUCCUUGGAAAAUUUGCCUCUGUCGCAGCAUUGUUUUAUACAGGCUGUGACCUUAGAACGUAAAUCGUAUACAGCGUGGACCAAUCUGGGUGCACUCUAUAUACGCCUAGGUAACAUAAAACUGGCCAAUGAGGCCUUCAAACGUGCCCAGCAGUCCAGUCCAAUGUACCCAAAUGCCUGGAUCGGUCAAGCCAUGGUGGCCGAAACGAUUGGAGAACUUGAAGAAGCAUUCGAUCUGUUUAGACAUUGCCAGCAGUUCGAGUAUCAACCUGAAGCAGCUUUGGGAUUUGCUCACUGGGUUUGUAAUGUGCUCUCCGAUCCUCAGCUCUCCGCAAAACCACAUAAUCGCCAUGCCAUUCAGCAUAUGCAUGCGGAUGUUUCUGCUCUGGAUGCUAUCAAUUGGUACGUGCAGAAUGAAGAAAGAGAAGCUAGUGUUCCCGCUCUCACAUUUCAGGGUUUUCUAUAUGCCCGGCAACAUUUGUAUCAGCAGGCUAUACAAUCGUUCACCAAAGCAUGCCAGCUAUGUGAACCUGGUCCGGAUCGUGACAGUCUGUAUACCAAUCUGGGUUAUCUUUAUUUGAAACUCGAUCAGCCAGAUAAAGCGGUAAAUGCUCUCAAUGCAGUGGCCCACGCUACAUUUAAGCCAAUCAUUGGCUUGGCCUUGGCCUACUACAGAACAAACCACCUACAAGAGUCGUAUUCAAUUUAUAAUACGGUGCUCGGGCAGAAUGAUCAAAAAGCAGCAACCAUUCUGGUGGCCAUGGCAUCAAUGGUUUAUUCGUUCCAAGGCGAAGCAGACACAAAGACACUGCUCUAUCAAUGCAUUCUGAAGCAUGCUCCAAUUCAGGCUUACUACUCCGGUUGUGCUCUUGGUGUACUCCAUCAGGAUAAUGAACUAAAUCAAACCAUUAUGUCCGAGCUGAAUGCAUACCAAACCAAUGAGAAUUACUGUGCAGAUCUGUCCUAUCUCACAGCACACUAUUACUUGAUAAAUGAUGGUCCGCGGCAGGCAUUAAACUAUCUUCAAACUCGGGUGCGCAUGUUCCCCCAUUCUGCUGCGCUGCGUAAAGUCUUGUUAAAAUUUCUCCUGGACUACUUUCCAAAUGAUACAUCGAUGAUAAAACCUACUUCUAAUAUGGGAUUAAUUGCUUUGACUUUGGGACAUCGAAGUUUGGAGUUCAGCGUUAAAGCUAGCGAAGAAGCCGAGACCACAAUAUUUGCAAGUCAAGCAGUCCAACCUGUGGACAAAACGCAGUCUCUCAAGUUAGUGCAGAGAGCUAUACGGUUAAAUCCAAUUAACCAGCAAGCCAGACAGUUACUUGCUGCCUACAAAGUCCAUUAAUAAUUAAUAAAUAUGUGUAUCAUAUGUAAAUCUUUACUUUAUAUUUAGGAGGUUUUAAAAAAAGUGCCUGAUUGUUGCACCCAAAUCAGUUUACUUAAACACCUAUUUUUUUGCAUCCAUAAAUACAAACAUAUAUUCAAGAA